AUGAAUCUGCGUCAGUUGAGGAUAGAUCAGAAAAACGUGUUUGAGUAUGCAGUUAAAACUAAUGAUUCCAUUGAAGCAAUUCAUCUAACGCCAGCCAGAAAGCUCCUGAAUGAUCUACUGCCGGAUACAUACGAAACGGCUGUUCGUCCUGGUUCAAAUGAUACACCCACCAUAGUCACCAUCAUUCCCAACAAACUCAUCCUUCUGGCUAUGGAUCAGCAGCAGGAGUGGAUCAGGUUCUCUGAGGAGCUCCUGCUGACAUGGAUAGAUCCGAAAUUGUCCUGGAAUCGAAACACUACUGAGUACAGCCGAGAAUGGAUCAAGAUCGCUGAAACCAGCGUAUGGGUGCCGGACAUCAUCUAUACAUCAGCGUUUGUUCUCCUCUCUUUCUAUGAAAAAUAUUUAAUCAUGCUGAAAUAUGGACCUCAUUUCUAUACAAAAGCCUAG